AUGCUAAAGUUUAUUUUUAUAUUAAUAUUUAUAUUUCCUCUUUCUUUUUUAAAAAAUUUUUAUUGAACGGUUCAAAAUUUGAUUUUUUUAUUAACUUUUAUGUUUAUAAUUAAUUUAAGAUCUUUAAAUUAUUUUAAUUAUAUUUCUUAUUAUUUUGGGUUAGAUAUAGUUUCUUAUGGAUUAAUUUUAUUAAGUUUUUGAAUUUGUGGGUUAAUAUUAAUAGCAAGUGAAAAAGUAUUUUCAACAAAUAAUUAUGAAAAGUUAUUUGUUUUUAUAAUUUUAUUUUUGCUUUUUAUGUUAGUAUUAACAUUUAGAUCAAUAAGAGUUUUUAUAUUUUAUUUAUUUUUUGAAGCUAGUUUAAUUCCUACAUUAUUUUUAAUUUUAGGUUGAGGGUAUCAACCUGAACGAUUGCAAGCAGGGGUUUAUUUAUUAUUUUAUACUCUUUUAGCUUCUUUACCUUUAUUAAUUGGUAUUUUUUAUAUUUUAAAUUCAAAAAAUACAUUAUCUUUUACUUUAUUAUUAAAUUAUAGAUUUUCUAAUUUUAAUUUAUUGUAUCUUUCUCUAGUUUUUGCUUUUUUAGUAAAAAUACCUAUAUUUUUGGUUCAUUUAUGAUUACCUAAGGCUCAUGUUGAAGCCCCAGUUUCUGGGUCUAUAAUUUUAGCUGGUAUUUUAUUAAAAUUAGGAGGAUAUGGUUUAUUACGAAUAUUUUCUUUAUUACAAAUUUCUGGUGUAAAAUAUAAUUAUUGAUGAAUUAGUAUUAGUUUAGUUGGAGGAGUUUUAAUUAGUUUAGUAUGUUUACGACAAACAGAUUUAAAGGCUUUAAUUGCUUAUUCUUCUGUAGCUCAUAUGGGUAUUGUUUUAAGAGGAUUAUUAACAAUAACUUAUUGAGGGUUAACAGGGUCUUAUGCUUUAAUAAUUGCUCAUGGAUUAUGUUCUUCUGGUUUAUUUUGUUUAGCUAACAUUUCUUAUGAACGAAUAGGAAGACGAAGCUUAUUAAUUAAUAAGGGAUUAUUAAAUUUUAUACCAACAUUAAGUUUAUGGUGAUUUUUAUUAUGUUCUGGUAAUAUAGCUGCCCCUCCAACGUUAAAUUUGUUAGGAGAAAUUUCUUUAUUGAAUAGAAUCGUUAGUUGGUCUUGAAUUACUAUGAUUAUGUUAUCUUUUUUAUCUUUUUUUAGAGCAGCUUAUUCUUUAUAUUUAUUUGCGUAUAGUCAACAUGGAAAAAUUUAUUCUGGAGUUUAUUUUUUCUCUGUAGGAACUACUCGAGAAUUUUUAUUAUUAAUAUUACAUUGAUUACCUUUAAAUUUAUUAAUUUUAAAAAGUAGUUUUUGUAUGUUAUGAAUUU